UUAGCUUGGAAGUUAGCUACAUCGAUGCUACGGAAAUAGCACUGUUUACAGAGCAUGAGCGUGGAGCAAAAGUGAAGCUGGUGGCCACAGGGUAAACCUAACCAGCUAUGUUGACGAGAGAUAAAACACUAAAAGGCAGCUAUGUGUGACUAGACUAGAAGUGACGCUGCCAGGUGAGACAUGGAUUUCCUCACUCUGUUUGCUAUCUACGUCGUGCUGGUGCUCACAUGUAUAGUCCUAGUCUGCAAAUACUCCGGCCAGCCGCAAACUCCCUUUCAUAUACUAUUCAACUCCGUCGUAAAGGUAGUUGCUCCCAUUACACCAAAAUGGCUCCAGAAGUUUUCACAGUGGGCCUUACACAGGCUUUUUCAUCAAAGGAACAACAUGUUCAUCUAUCUGCACAUCCUUCUGGAGUGUGCCGUGUAUGCAGAGUUCACCUAUGAGGUGUUUGGCUUCUGCAGGGAGAUGGACACUACUCUGACCAGCCUGUCUGUGCCUUACAUCCUGCUGGCCAUCAAAACCUUCUUCUUCUACCUCUGCAUCAAGAGAGACCCAGGCACAGUGACAAAGAAGAAAGUUGCUGGUCAGCUACACAUCUAUCCGUAUGACAGGAGAUUAUUUCACCCAGGAGUCUCCUGUCCGACCUGCCAGCUCGUCAAACCGGCUCGCUCCAAACACUGCAGGGUCUGCAACAGGUGUGUCCAGCGUUUCGACCACCACUGUGUCUGGGUGAACAACUGCAUUGGUGCUCUGAACACUCGGUACUUCUUGCUUUACCUCUUCAGCGUCUGUGCCAUGGCAGGUGACAUUGCCGUACUAACAGCAGACAUGCUGUUUCACGCUGUACUGCGCUCAGGGCUUCUGAGAGCCAGCUACAUCGAUGAAAAUGGAGAGCAGCAGCCGGCAGGGCCUCUGUUUGUCGUACAGCAUCUGUUCCUGACCUUUCCCCGAAUUGUCUUCAUGUUGGGCUUCCUGGUUUUUGUCUUCUUCCUGCUGGCGGGUUAUGCCCUGUUCCAUUCCUACCUGGCUCUUGUCAAUCAGACCUCCAACGAGUGGUACAAAAGUCGAGGUUACGUUUGUCAGCACUGUCACCCAACUUCAACCACAGACCAUCUCUGUAGUCCAGCGCCAGACCACUCUAGAAGAUACUACUACAGCCGAGGGCUUCUCAGGAACCUGGGGGAGAUUUUCUUCCCUCCACAACCUGUCCAGAAAAAAGACAACUAAAAAAAGAUAUUGCCACUUGUGUUGCUAUGCUGCAUUUACUGUACAUCCUGUUGGAUUUACUGUCUCUAAAGACAGAAAUGUCAUGAAUUGAAAAGGUGUGCCAGCAUGUCUGUGAAGAUUCUUUCUAUCCUGGUUAUCCAAGAAGAGUUGAAUCAAGGGCAACUGGACUUAAAAGUCGACACCUGAAAAGGUUUCACCUGUCAGCCAAGUGGCUUCUUCAGUUCUUCUUGUGCCAACAGGUGCACCAACAUUGUCAAUGAAAUGUUCCAGCUGCAGGCUUAGGACACCUUAUUUAAUGCAUUUUUUUUAUUCUAUGGCUACCAUUAAUUAAAGCAUAAAUGCUCCCAAAGGUGGAGCAAACGACAGAGAUGCUCACAGACUUCUGACAUGUAAUUUCCUUCAGAAAAGGGCUUCAGUUCUCUGCUUGUGAAUUUUGUAUUUAUGCACUGUUGUUUUUUUUGUCUUUUGGGUUUUAUAGGUGAGUAGGGAUUUGAAUGUAUUGAUUAUUUAAUGGGCACAUUUACUAUAGUUAACUGUGUCAGGGGUUAAAAUCAAUCAAAUCAGGGUAAUCAAUUAGUGUGUUAAAACACAGUUGUGGGAUCAAAAAUGCGUGCUGCAUUCAUACACUACACAUACUGCGAUAGUUGUUUUUAUAUGUAUGUUUUGUUGCUUGUAAAGACAUGAGAACUACAGUUUAAUGCAAUCAAAGAGUUACCUCAAAUAACAGUGCAGUAUGUGGCAGAGAAUACCUGUUAUGUAUUAGUUUCUUAGAGAGAUAAAUACACAAUGUGAUCAGAGGUGCCUGGUCUGAAGUAGCCCCAGUUUAUGUUUUUCAUGUAUUGUCAUUUCAUCAGUCACAAGGCAAAGCAUCUGAAAAAUAAAUACCUGGGAACCCAGCCAUCUUAAAAACAAACAAACAAAAAGAAAAAAAAACCUCAACUACUGAGUUGCUACUUCAACACAGCCUUAACAGUUAUUAAACAACCUUUGGGAUUUUCUAAGAUGGCAGAGUGUUGAUUUUUCAGAAAGUCUAAUGCUUAAGUCUGUGACUGGAACAUAAUGAUAAUUGUAUCUGCAACUUGAAAAUCAUUUUCAAAUAAACAUGUCAAACAUU